UUCAAAAGACUGGGUCGGAUUCUUCCAAAGUCUUCCAAAAUGGCGACUCACAUGUUGCGAAAAAGCUGCUAUAAUUUCCUGCGAUUUUCGUCGCUUCGGCACUAUGGUAUGAGACCAAUUACAGCGCUAGCAACCUCUGAUGUAUUUUCCUCUGGUAGAUGUAGAAACCUGCCGCAUUUAGUGGAGAAUUCGCAAGUUUUUAGGCAACCUAUAUUGGCAGUAAGAUGCUUCAGUGAAGGUCUCUCUUUAACCGCAGCUGAACUGGAGCAACGAACAAUUGAAGUUAUAAAGUCAUUUGAUAAAGUUGAUCCCGAUAAGGUGACCGUUGAUGCUCAUUUUAUUAACGAUAUGGGGCUGGACAGUCUAGAUGUCGUGGACAUCCUAAUGGCUUUUGAGGAUGAAUUUGGUGUAGAAAUAUCUGAUGAACAAGCAGAAAAAAUAUUCACUCCUAAGGAAGCGAUAGAGUUUAUGAAGAAGUUUCUUGAUAUACAAGAUCAUUAAGAGUGGGGAAGAUAUAGCAAAUCCUAUUGAAAGAAGUUAAAAUUCUGUUGUUGCCUAUUUUAUACUGUGUCAAUGGCACAUUUUCUGACCAGAAAACAAAUCAUCGUAACAGUUUAUAUCUUUGUAAUAAAGUAUUUGAUUUAUUCUAUUGCAAAAUCAGUGAAAAAUGUAUCUAUAGUUGCUGUUAUAGUAUUAGUGAUUAUUAUAUGAAG